CCUCGGUUCAGGAACAUGCCUGGGUCCUUGGCAGCCCUGCUCUGUCUUGGGCUGUGUUUGAGCCAGGGAGUCACGGCACAGAAAGAAACACUUCCCAAACCUUUCUUGUGGGCUGUGCCUGGCACUGUGAUCCCCUGGGGAAAGUCCGUUGUUGUCCGCUGCCAUGGUUCAGAAGAGGCCCAGAGGUUCCUUCUGGAAAAGGAUGGGAGCACAGAGCUAAAAGACAUGCUGGAAGUACCUGGGCCCUGGAAGGAGGCCAAGUUUUUCAUUUCAGACAUAGCAGCAGAGACAGCAGGUCGUUACCGGUGUCGAUACCAGAGUCAAAACCACUGGUCAGAACUCAGUGAUCCGUUUGAGCUGACGGUCACAGGAUUGUACCCCAAACCUUCCAUCUCAGCCAAUCCAGGCUCCACUGUGACUAUAGGACAGGAUGUGACCUUGCAUUGUGAGUCACAGCUCAGGUCUGACAGAUAUGUUCUCUAUAAGACAACUGGGGCCAACGCGCCCCACGCACUGGUCUCCACUGAUUACAAGGCCAACUUCCUAUUCCCCACUGUGAUGGUCUCCCAUAGUGGCACAUACCUAUGCUACAGUUUUGAUAGUGACUUCCCCUACCUCUGGUCAACACCCAGCGAUACCCUGGUGCUCAAGAUUUCAGGCUCUAAGGAAGGGAACUUACAACAGGAGACUCCUAACGAUGAGUAUAUGUCUGCACACCAUAACUUCAUCAGCUUCUGGCUGUUAUUAGCUGGUAUAACUUUGGUCAUCCUGGGGGCUCUGAUGAAUGAAGCCUGGAGACACAGGGGGUCAGCCCAACAGCAAGUAAAGAAACCUCUUGCCGGUCCCUAAGGCCACAGAUAGAGUGAAUCAAUAAAGAA